UGGUAUUAUUAUUGAGCCGUGAGGGAGGCCGCACGUGCCGCCAUCCGCGUUAUCGACCAGCUUCAGACACGGAGCCAACAAUAAUGCGACGGUCGAGACUCACUUCUCUGCUUCGCUAGCUGGUUCUUGAUUAGCCACCUGAGUCUAGCUCAGAUAUCUUGUCCAUCGCCUGUUUCUAAAUCCUGCCGGCCGUCUGUCAUCCACGCUAGAGGCGCAUCGUCUCUGGCCCAGUCCGCUCCCCGUAAAUUUGUUCUUCUUGCUUUCCCAGAACGGCAUAAUAAUAUUCAAUCCACAACCCCCUCUACCAUAUUGGACUACGACGCUUCUCCUCUGCACCGUCCGAUAUACGGACGGGCCCUGAUCUAUUCUACGGCAUGCCGGCUUCCCCUGGCGAUGAUAAUGACUCGCGCACUGCCUCCGUCGGCCUGCAGCGCACCCGCACCAGUGGUUCCAGUGGCGCGUCACGAGCCAGUUCCCACGACAGCAACAUAGCAAAAGGUCGUCCAAGAAAAAGACGCCAGGCGGAUCGCUCAGACGUCCGCGAUUUCGUUCCCCAGGGUGCCAAGUUCAGCGCAAUCCCCUUGGAUGCUAAACCUGACAGCACGUCAAGUUCAGGCUCUGAUACUUCCUCGAACGACGAGUCUGGCAGUGAGGGUGCAGAGGAACAAAGCGGCCAGCCACCUCUGCGAGGUUCAGCUCCUGCAAUUAAUUGGAAUCAAGGUAGCAGAAGCGCGAUCAGGACGAAAUUAGGGAGCAGGAUAUCCAAACCCGACAGCAACGUCGCCACUUCCGGUUUCGAUGAGGUGAAUAAGAAAUUCUGGGGCACUCGCAGUGCUUCUGUCUCGACAGCAGAGGAAGAGGGAGAGGACGUCACGUCAUCACAGAAUAAGGAUAGCAAGGCAGAUCCUGCAGAGGGACAACCAAAGGAUACCAGCACCGCUCCAUCUGGCCAAGGCCCCUACUUUGUCCAUUCUGACGAUUCAGAAUCCGGGGAGAUUUCAGAAGGAGACGAUUCCAUUAUGGUCAAUGUCGGUACCCGUCCUGAGAAUACCAUGGAGGCCCAAAGACAGGACGGUGGUGUUUCCUCGAAAGAGAAUCCAUUCCCGACCGCUACUCACAAAGGGGGCGUCAACGGUACAGUGAACGGGCACGGUCAAUAUUCUUCUGCCACGACAAAUGGAAGCAGCGCAAAUGAGGCAUCAAAACUGCACUCAAAGGAGGACAGUUUCCGUUCCUUCUCCAGUAGAUACCCGACACCCCCCUCUACCCUUGCUGACCUUGCCCAUGAAGAUCUCCAAACCCAGGUUAAGUAUGUGUUCUAUGGUCGUGAUGAGAAUGAUCUCGAUCUUACGCUACCAGUUACAUGCACUGAAUGUUUUCAAGAAGGCCACCUGGCGGAGGUGUGUCCUUCCAAAGAGUGCCAACACUGCGGAGCUUGGAAUCAACAUGAGAGUAACUUUUGUCCUUCCUGGAGAAGAUGCCAGAAAUGUCGUGAGCGAGGACAUGAUCAUGCAGCGUGUUCCUCGGCCCUGAAAGGCACAGCAGCAGAAGUUCCAUGCGACUUUUGCGGUUCACAAGAUCACCUGGAACUCGAUUGUGACUACAUGUGGAAAUUCCCCAAACGGCAUCCGUCCCCUGGCCCCGUACUUGUGUCUUUGUCGUGCUGCUAUUGCACGAGCAAUCGUCACCUAGUUGGAGAUUGCCCUUCCCUUCCGCGACCCAUGCGAUCUUCCUCAUGGACAUUGAAGGGCUAUGAUCCUUCCAUGAUUACAAACAUCAACGCAGUGGUCCCAAGUCAGAAAGGCGGAGCCGCUCUGAACGGCCGCCAAGGCGGAAUGAGGAUCAGAGGGCGUGCCGAUGCACGCUCGCCUACCCCAGAUAGCGAUGACAUGCUAUCAAGACCGGCCCUCAGAAACCCAGUAGGCCGGAACCAAGGCCGUCCCAAUAUCCGUUUUGGAAGCGGAAUUGGUAAGGACAAAAACCUAGCUGGGCCCCAAGAUACUCGUAGAUCUGGAUAUGACUCGAGAGACACUUACCGCGAUCGAGAUGAAUACCCUGGCUACAAUACGCGCCAGCGCUCUCUGUCUCCUAACCCUGAACCUUACCGUGGCAGAGAGUCGCGGGUGAAAGACAGCUGGCAACCGCCUCUACCUCGAUCUCCCCCUCCCCGUGGCCCGCCCAGACAGCCUCCGCCUCGACGCGGAAGAGGCUCUGACAGGGGAGGCCGCGGUGGUGGCCGUGGAGGUGGCAACAGACGUGGGCAAAACGGGGACGCCUAUCGUCCUAUGCCAAGUGCAGCUAAGAAAGCCUGGAACAAGCAUAGACUAUGAUAAUGACGA